AAAGCAGCUGUCAUACUUGGUACAGCAAGUGGAACCACUAGCUCCGUUUUCUAGUUCAGUUUUGAACUCCAGGUACAUAUCAUAGAUAACUUGUCAUGAAGCUGGUAACUCUGUUCCUCCUGGUGACCAUCAGCAUUUGCAGUUACUCCUCUGUUGCUGCCUUCCUCAUCAACCGUUUGCCAGUUCCUGUCGACAAGGUCUUACCUUUACCUCUGGACAACAGCGUUCUCCCUUUCAUGGAUCCACUAAAGCUUCUUCUGAAAACUCUGGGCAUUUCUGUUGAGCACCUUGUGGAAGGGCUAAGGAAGUGUGUGAAUGAGCUGGGACCAGAGGCCUCUGAGGCCGUGAAGAAACUGCUGGAAGCCCUAUCACAUUUGGUGUGACAGCGGAUAAAGCAGGAGCGGAGGUGGAAGGAGGAUGAAUCGCUCCUCUUCUCUGGCCGAAACUCAUUCUAUCCAAUUAUAAACCAACCAUCCUAAAAUAUAGUGACCUGUAACCCCUGAGAAGAACGAAUAAAGCAAUGGAUAGAU